GCUCGGGGAUCCCAGAACCCCGGCCCCACCCCCCGGCAGCCUCCUCCUCUCCAGCGCAUUCUGGGGGGGCGGGGGUCCUCCAGCCCUCUCCUGCCCCGCCCUCUCCAGCCCCGCCCCGAAGCUGCGGCUUCAGAAGAAGAGGAGCUCGCGCUCCUGGUGGCCGCGACACCGAGGCAGAGGCCGGAUGGCAGCUUCCACUCGGGAUCGCGACCCAGGCCCCAAGAUCCUCGAGAAAGAGGAGGAGCCCCCUCAGGUGAAGGCAGGGGGCCGGGGCGGGGGUCAGCGUCGGGAGGAAGAGCGGCGGGGGCCGGGCGGGCUUCCUCCGGCAGUACCCGGAGGCAGCCGUGGGCGGCGGGCCCCCGAGCCGGGUGAGGGGGGUGAGGGGCGGGCGGCUGCUUCCGAACUUCCUCGGAGCCAGGGGGCUUCCCCCCCACCCCACCCCCCGCGGCCCAUGACUUGGCUUUCCCUGGCUGGGGAAGUAUCCCCUGGGGGCCCAAGCCCUGGUCCUGUUGCGGGAGGCUGCGCCGCGGCCGACCCCGCGGCCGGAUUCCUCAUCAGCCGGAGCCCUCGGACCCGCCUGGGCCGCCUGACCCCCUGGAUCCUGGGCUGCUCGCCCUUCCUGGCCCUCACCUACUUCUUGCUGUGGUUCCUGCCCCCCGUGGGCCGGCUGCGGGCGCUCUGGUACGGGGCCUUCUACUGCCUCUUCCAGGCUCUGUCCACGCUGCUCCAGGUCUCCUACUCCGCCCUCACCAUGUUCCUGACUCGGGACCAGCAGGAGAGAGAUUCGGCCACUGCCUAUCGGAUGACCGCGGAGAUGGCCGGCACGCUGAUUGGAGCCACGGCCCACGGGCUCAUCGUGGCCGGCGCCCACGAGGCCCCCACGUGCCCGGAGGCCAACCUCACGGCCCCGCCGCCGACUCUGGGCUCGGACAUCCCUCCGCACACGAGCCAGCUCUACAUGAUCGCCGCCGGGGUCAUCGCAGGAACCUACCCCCUGUGCGCGGCCCUGCUGGCCCUGGGGACGUCCGAGGAAGACGAUCUCGGCGGUCUCCAGCGCCAGGGGCUCUCCUUCCUCCAGGGCCUGGGCCACACCCUCCGGCACCAGCCCUACCAGCGGCUCGUGGCCGCCUUCCUCUUCAUCUCGGCCGCAGUCCAGGUACCUCCGGAGUACUUGGUCCUGUUCUGACCCACGUGGAGUUUUGGCCACACGCAGAACCUGGUGCUGCUGGUGCUGGUGAGGGGGGACCUCGAGCACCCCUUCUGGGAAUGGUUCCUGCAGAGAGUGGGGAAGAAGGCCGCAGCCUGUGGGAUCGGGGUCAUGGUACCCUCGGCGCUCCUGCUGGCAGCCGUGCCCACCGCCCCAGGAAGGGGAGGCACUGGCAGGGAGGCCGGCGGCCCCUGGGGGUCAUGGACACUGGGGGGGCUCUGUCCCAGGUCCAUGCUGCCCGAUGUCGUGGAUGACUUCAGGCUCCAGAAACUUCCUCUGAAGGGCCUGGAAACCAUCUUCUACUCUUCCUACGUCUUCUUCACCAAGCUGUCGGGGGCCGGGGCCCUGGGCAUCUCCACCCUGAGCCUGGACUUUGCAGGGUACGAGUCCGGUGCCUGUAAGCAGUCUGAGCCGGCGGUGCUGGCGCUCAAGGUCUUGAUCGGAGCCGUCCCCACCAGCAUGGUGCUGCUGGGGCUGGCCAUCCUGUCGGCGUACCCCAUCACCGAGCAGCGGCGCCAGGAGACCGCCCGCGAGCUGGACGCACUGAGGAACGAGGUGCCUGCGUCCAGGACCCCCAGUCCCAGCAGCGCCCAGGAUGGAGCCACGGCUCUGACUGCGGGUCCCUGAGCCCAGCCCAGCAGCGCCACACCUGACGAAGGCCUAAGACUCUAGCUCCCAGCCCGGGUUCUGCCCGGUUUUAAGAAGGAUGAGGCCCAGCAUUUGAAGUGGGAAGGUAAUCCCACGCCAGUGCUCAGGCUGGUGCUUCCCCGGAGCCUGCCAGCCUCUGGUCAUACCCGCAGCCGCCAGGUACCUGUGCCCAUAGCCGCCAGGUACCCAUCCCUGCUGCUGCCAGGUACCUGUGCCCAUAGCCGCCAGGUACCCCUCCCCGCAGCCACCAAGUACCCCUCCCCGCAGCCACCAAGUACCCCUCCCUGCAGCCACCAGGUACCCAUCCCUGCUGCUGCCAGGUACCUGUGCCCAGAGCUGCCAGGGAGCCGGGCCAUAGCCCAGAAAUGAAAGACAUUUCCCUUAUUUCCAUUCCAUAUGGCCAAAGACAUUUCCAAAAGACCAUGAUGUGGAUCUCCUAAGCCCCUUCCCCUCCACCCCCCCUUCCCUCCAAAUGCAGCCUCCACCUCCCACUUCCACAGUCACCCUGGAUCCUUCAUGAACUCUUCCUGCCUCCCCCCAGUGGCUUAUCCAAUAUGGCACCAAGGCCCGUGCCUCUCAGAUGCCCCCUCUGAACCUGCCCUGCCCUGGGGCAGACUCUCAUCCUCCCACCUGCAGUGGCUUCUGGGAGCUCCACCGGCCUCAGGAGUGACCCUACCCCGGUCCACCCUCCAUCCGGCCACUCAAGUGAUUUUUCCAAAGCAGAGACCUCUCCCUGUCACCUCCUGCUCAGUCAAAUCCAAUGGCUCCCUAUCACCCUCAAGAAUAAAUACAAAAUGCUCUG